GUUCAUACAACAAAAAGAAAAGAAAAAUAAAGUCCUAAUUAGAGGGAGAGGAAUAAUUGCUUUCAUCCAAUUGCUGCCAGUUAGAAGGCUAAGCUCCGCCCUUGGUCUCCUAGCAACCCACUCACCCCAGGGGACAGGCAGAGUUAGGCCUCACUUAGGCCUCUUCCACACUACCUAUAAAAUACAGAUUAUCUGAUUUGAACUGGAUUAUAUGGCAGUGUAGACUCAAGACCCUUCCACACAGCUAUAUAACCCAUUUAGAAUCUUAUAUUAUCUGCUUUCAACUGGAUUAUCUUGACUCCACACUGCCAUAUAAUCCACUUCAGUGUGCAUUUUAUCCAGCUGUGUAGAAGGGGGCUCAUAGAAGGGAGCUUAAUGUCAGGGGAAAACCUUUAUCCUUUACCUUAACUACCACCAAUUCGUCAAUACUUUAUUUCCCAUACCACCAUACUUCGCCACAGCAACGCGUGGCCAGGCACAGCUAGUGUGUGUGUGUGUGUGUGUGUGUGUGUAUGGCUGGAGUUACACUUAAAAAUGUACCUGUUCUGACUUUCAUACAAAUUCAACUUAAGAACAAACCUACCGAACCUAUCUUGUUCAUAAUUUGGGGAUUGCCUGUAUAUGAGUCUAGGAUCAAUGCAGAAUACAUUAGCAUUAUUAGCUUUUUAACAGGAUACUGAGAACAAGCAGCUCACAAAUAAUUCAUAAACCUACAAACCUAAGAAACUGCCCAUUCUCUAUCAUCUCUGUGUCUCAGAUAAUCGUUUUUUGUUUCCAGAAAAUCUGUUAGAUUUCUAUUUCCUGUAACUUGAGGCCUGUACUGAUAUAUCUUCCAACAAAGAAUUUGCUUAACUAUCAGUCUAUCUCUUUAUCUAACUAUAUUUAGAAGAGCACCUUGGAAACAUCUGAAGAAUGCUAAGACAGAUCAAAAAGCUAGCACCCAGGAAUGAGCAGGCGGACGAGGCUGCCUAUUUAGCCCAGUUAGCAGCACAAAGAAAUGCCACCGCCUUCUUUGAGAAGUAUGAGCGGAGUGAGCUUCAGGAACUGCUCACCAUGUCAUUCUGCAGCUGGUUGGCAUCCAAAGAUGACUUGCGCCGUCCCUUAGACCUUCCCAGUGGACUUGUUGAGGAGAUGAAAUCCUUCACUGUCCAGUCUGUUAUUUUGCUGGCCCCGGUAGAGCCUGGGCUCGCUCUGGACUGUAAAGAAAUCCACCAGAUGAUCAGGGAGUUAUCUGUUGGGGUAUUCUGUCUGAAUCAAAUCCCUUCAAUCAGUUUGGAUGCCAAUUACGAUCAGAGCACAUCGUGCUCACUCGCUCCAGCAUAUUUUGACACAAGGAUAGGGCAAAUGUUAAUCGCUGUUGACUACAUGCUGAAAGCCUUGUGGCAUGGAGCAUACAUGUCCAAAGAAAAACGGGUCCGAUUCUCUGAACUCUGGCGUUCUAGCAUGGACAUCGAUGCAGAUGGCAUCCCUCAGACAGAAAGAACAGCAUGCUCAGAGUUUUGUCAAGCUGGCCUAGUUGAUAUUUCAAAGGAGCCAGAUUUUCGAGGAAUCUAUGAUGAAAAUAUGAAUGAAGACCCAACUUAUGAUCCUAACAGCGCAGAGGAGAAAAAAAUCUUUAUGCAGUUUGUGGAGUACAUGCUCCUUAAACUGACAUUUGGAACUACUGAGAUCCAGCAACAUGAAAAUUUGUUCUUGUUUGAUUCUGCAUAUACCGUAACUAAUGCCAUAAGGGUGACCGAGGACCGUCUUGAUACCGUUUUAUACCAGAGGUUGCAACAGCGGCUAAUUCUUCAACAAAAACUUGUGAGAAAACACUUAGAGAAAAAACCAGAAAUCCGGAAUUAUAUAGCAUACCUAAAGCUCCUAAGCUUUCUUAUUCCAUUUAUUGUCAGUUUAAAAAGAAAAAACAAAGUUCCAAAUUUAAGUCGGCUUCUUCAGCCUUAUUCAGAUGACAAAGUUAAAACUGAGCGUGAAUUUCCUCCAAUUUUGCUUGGACCAGAUUUUAAGUGCCAGCAUUUUAUGUAUCCCCAAAAUCGUUAUUUCCAUCUCCAUGGGGGCAUUGAAUUUGAUAUUGGUACUCCUUCAGUUGGAAAUGUCUCCGAGGAGAUUAAGGAUGCCUAUGAUGAAAUUUGUGAAUGUGCAGCAAACCAUCUGUCUCAGUUGCUUGACCCCGAUGCACCCUAUCGAGAGCAUUACUCGAUACCCAUAAUGGAUUUUGGUGGCAAGAGCUAUUACGUAAUCGGCAUUGAACUUGAACCUUUUUAUCUGCUUUUUAAGAGCCAGUGGUGGGGUGCCAUAAAUGAAGUAAUAAGCAUGCUUAAACCCAAAAGGCUACCAUUAAUUGAUACUCAAGCAAUGGAAUUAUUUAAGCGAAGAUUUGGUUACAAAAAAGCAAUUAAGUGUAAGAGUCUGUCGUAUGGCAUGAAAGCUGCCGCGGAAAGAGGACUGGCUGCCGUCUUCCUUACCUUUUGUCGCAAGACCUCCAUCUCUAGUCUUACUACAACAGAUGAACAUGGUUAUUCACUGAUCCACCAUGCUGCUAUCUACAACUGGGUGGCAAUUAUAUGUCAGGUGGUUAAAUCGUCCCUAGCUAUGAAUCAGAGGCGAAGCAUACCAAUCAGCCAAGGAAAACAUGCCCAGAAACCUGAUGCAAAAGGAAUCAUUAGAAGAGAUACCACCCACGAAGAAACUGGUCCUACUGCUUUGCAUCUGGCAGCUCAGUGUAGUUCCCUUGAAGCACUUCAUUUCCUCCUGGCCUUAAAAGCAGACUACCGCAUACCUGACCACCGGGGAUGGCUGCCUAUACAUUAUGCUGCAUUCUAUGACAAUGUUGCCUGCAUCACAGUUCUCUACCGAAAAAACCCAGACAUGAUUGAGGCUGAAACACGAGCAGAGUUUCACUCCACCCCACUUUUGCUUGCAGCUACAUCUGGAGCAUUGGAUACUAUCCGGUAUUUGUUUUCACUUGGAGCCAACUGGCUGAAGAAAGACAUUGAGGGAAAUACUAUCAUUCAUUUGGCAGUGAUGAAUUUCCACACAGAAGUUCUGAAGCAUCUAAAUGAGCUCCAUAAUCCUGAUCUCCCAGUUUGGAAAAUUCUUGUUGAUAUGUUGGACUGUAAAGCUGUUCGGAAGAAAAGGGAAAUGGCAGUAAGGUGUUUAGAAGUACUUUGUCUGGCCAAAGAUAACUACUGGAAGAGUAUUUUAGAUGCAGGUACUAUACCCUCCCUAAUCAGCUUGUUAAAAAGCGGAGAUAUUGUAUUGGAGUGCAUCACUGUGGGGGUGCUGAGCAACAUCUCAACCCAUAACUCGAUUGCUAGAGCCUUGGUAGAUGCAGGUGGCAUUUCAGUAUUGAUUAAACUGUUGGCUUCGGAUCAUCCUGACCUCCUUUCUCGUUGCGCUGUCCUUUUAUAUGAUAUAGCUCAGUUGGACAAUAAUCAGGCCAUCAUUGCAGAACAGGGUGCAAUUCCUGCACUUGUCAACCUGUUGCAGUAUGAUCUACACGAUCUGUUAGUAAAUGUAAUAAAUUGCAUCCGAGUAUUGUGCCUUAACAACCACGAGAACCAAUUGAAAGUGAAAGAAGCUAAUGGCAUUGAACCACUGGUCCAGUUCUUAGAUUCAGAGUCAGAUGUGCUACUAGCGGUGGCUUCAGCAACCAUUGCAGAAGUUGCGCGUGGGAAUUGUGAGAUGCAGAACGCCAUUGUCGAGGCUCAUGUCAUUGGCCGUCUGGUUGAACUGCUCAGAGGAAGGAAAAUCAGUGUCCAGGUGAAAGGAGCGAUGGCCAUUGAGGCACUCUGUGCCAAUAAUAGUUACAUCCAGAUGAGAUUCCUAGCCAAAUCUGUGACAAGAUUCCUUUUAAAGCUCCUGAAGGCCUUUCACCUGAAAGUUAAAGAACAAGGUGCUGCGACCCUCUGGGCACUCGCAGGCCAAACUUUGAAGCAGCAAAAAUAUAUGGCUGAACAGAUUGGAUACAACCUUAUUAUAGAUAUGCUUCUUUCUCCAUCUGACAGAAUGCAGUGUGUUGGAGGUGAAGCCGUCAUUGCUCUUAGCAAAGACAGCCAACUUCACCAGAAUCAGAUCUGUGAAGGAAAUGGAAUUGGUCCUUUGGUCCGGCUGCUGAGGAGUGGAAGGAUAGCAGAUAGCACACUGAUCAGUAUCAUCAGAGCCUUGGGGACCAUAUGUGUUGGUGAAGCCAAUAUAAGCAAUCCAAACAGUCAAGAAAGUGUGGUGGAUGAAGGGGCCUUGCCGAUACUGGUUCAUUUACUUAAAACUCAUCCUUCUCUUCAGAUAAAGGUUGAAGUUGCAUUUUCUUUAGCUUGCAUUGUGUUAAAGAACAGCACCCUGCAGAACGUGUUGCAAGAGAAGGAAGGCUUUAACUAUACUUAUGUCCUUAAGCUUCUGUAUGCACCAGAUAAGGAUAUCUGUUUGAGAGCAGGACAUGCUAUAGCCUUUUUUGCUUAUAAUAAUCCCACUCAACAGUUAUUGAUCUUAGACACUGGACCAAUAUCACUGUCAAUGUUUGAAGAUUUUCUGCUGUCAGACGUAGAGAUAGAGAGAGCAAUGGCUGCCUUUCAGAUUGUUGUUCUAGCCAGAAUUAUAGUUGAUAAGGACCAAGUGAGUCUGUCUGCAAGAGGAGUUUCUAUUUUGGUGGACUUGCUGUGUUCAGAAAAGGCAGCCACUCUUGUGCUAACAGGAAAAUUAUUGGCUAGUUUGGCUCAUACAAGAGCAGGUAUUCCAGAAGCAAUAACAAGUUUGGGGACUGUUCAGCGUCUUUGUUACCAUUUAUAUGCAAAGGAGGAAGAGGUUCGUACAGCUAUGUCAUCUGCUCUGGGUUAUUUAACGUUCAACCGAACUGCAUACCGCCAUCUAUUAGUACAAUGUAGGAAUAAGCCUAAACUAUUCAAGAGACUCAUAAAGAAUCUUAGCAGAGAUGCAAGAAUCAAUCCAGACUUUGUGAAAGAAUUUAAGAGACAAAAAAAGAUUGGCCUCCCUUCCCUCAGUUUGGAGAUAAAUGGAGGCCCACCUGCAGUCCCUGUACACAUAAGAGACAAAUCAAGGGGCAUUGGUGUGAAAAUACACAAGGGAAAGUGUCUUCCGAAGGAUUCUCUCUUUUUGCUGCCCACAGCAACUCAUCUAAUGGGAAGGUUCAGACAUUUGGAGAAACCCCGAAUUCCAACUACUGGACACUACACUUUUCCACAUGCUACAACAUCAGACCUCAUUCAAGUUUCAAGACCGAGAAUUGUGAAUGUAUUUACAAUCUGGGGCCCUCCGCCAGAAAAGAAAGCGUGACAAUGCCUGCACUGCAGUGGCCAAGUUUCUGUGGAUCCUUAGCCUAUAGUGGAAUUAGGGUGAACAUUACUCCUGAAUAAAAUCAAUUUAUUAGUAAUGCAAGAAUUUAUUGCAGUGGUAGAGGAUAAAAACAUCAGCAAUUACAUUUAUGAAAAAUAAUUUACAUGUAGUUUCAGAGAAGGAAAUGCUGAGAUGUUGUUUUAUAGCAUGCUGCACAGAAACACACUAUCUUUUAAUACUGAUGUUUUAACACUUUUUGACUAUAAUCAUAUAUGAAGUUAUUGGGGGGGGGGGGGCUUACACCUUAUUGCUAGUCCCAGCUAGAGCAAACUCAAUGAAGUGUUGAUAUAAUAUUCAACACUUGAGUCAAUGAGAUUAAUCUAUCUGGGACUAUCAAAUGGAUUAAAGACUGUAUGUCCUACUUCAGAGUAAAUUACUGGCUAUUUCCAUGUCCAAACCAGAUACUGCUUUGGUACGAGAUGUUCUUUCGAUGCUCAAACCACAGCUGACCCUGGAGAAAACAUAGUAAGUUUGUCAAUAUCAAUCUCAUUUCCACUAAGCACAACAAAACCAAUGUAGGAUAAUCAAACCAUUCGUAUACACUUUUAAAUAGUUUUAAUAUUAGGAGGAGUGGUUAUUAUAAAAUUGUGUGGGCACAUCAGAUUUAUUAAACUUCAGCCAAUAAGAUUGUGAUAACUUUCCCCAUUAACACAGAUGUAAAGAUUUAUGACACCAUCUGGGCAAAGUUAAGCACUUCUAAGUUUGACUAAUUUUAGUAGGUGAGAAUAUUAUUAAACUGUGAACAUAAAUGGAUUUAAAUGAGCCAAAUAAUGCAAGAUUAUGGCAAUUUCAACCUUUACCAUGUUUAGAGGCUAUAUUUCAAAGGUUCGCAUAAAAUGUGUCUUUUGUACCUUCUUGUAGAAGCAUCAGACUCAAUCUGGAAACAAAGCUGGGUCAUUACCAUUAAUCUUAAUGUUCAUGGAAAGAACAGGAUUCUUAUGUAUAACAAGCUCCCUUCUCCACUUACCACUGAAUCGCUCUGUGCCUCAUGGGGUGCAUCUACACUACAAAAUCAAUGCAGUAUGACACCACCUGAACUGGCAUGGCUUCAUUGUAGUGUGGUGAGGCACCAGCACUCUUAGCCAGAGAAGGCUCGAGAUUUUGUGAAACAAGAUUCCAUAGCAUUCAGCCAUGGCUUAUAAAGUGGUGUCAGACUGUCACAUGUUGCUACACCCCAAGAGGAGGGGAGAAGUGUGUAUAUCCCCAACACCAUACUGAUAUAACAAAAAUGCCAAGACCUUAGCAGAACAAUGGUGGAUCUCAACAUUGAUGUAAUUCAGAGUGACUCAGCCUGGUGUGGGUCUGCAUGCAGAAUUACUGCACUAUAUACAUCAUACAAAUGAAGCAAUACCUCUACCUACAUGGUAGGUACCACAUUACAAUAUACAGGCAGUCCCAAGUUAUAAACAAGAUAGGUUUUGUAGGUUUGUUCUUCAGUUGAAUUUGUAUGCAAGUCGGAACAGGUACAUUUUUCAAGUGUAACUCCAGAUAGUAUAGGGAAGGGUUAACAUCGCUGUGAUGUUUGUUUUGCUUCUGUGCCCCUGUUCAGAAGAUUUCGCUUCACUUUCUGUCCUGGUGAUAAUUGGAUUUUGAAAGAUUUGGCUUGUUGUGGAAACAAGGAUUGGUGAUAAAGCUUCAGUGGAGAUACCUUUUCCCCAUGAUAAUAACUCUUCCAGGAGUGAAUUUUCCUUCCUAGAGGUAGAUUAAAGUGCAAUAUAUCUUUAACUUGCACUUGAUCAACUGAAGGCAGCAAGCCACGAGAGAGGAGAGGCGGUGCCAUAUUUGGAAGUGACUUCUAAUGUUUAGAAGAGACUUUUUUUGUGUUUGUGAUAUUUCAUCGUUUCAUUUGGGAGACCCAAAAUAGGCCUCUACGAUACUAUGAAAUAUCCCAACUGUAUAUUAGAAAGGUUAUAAGGUUGAAUGUAACUGAUAGAAAAUUCUUGUCAAUCCAUUUGAUGGCGAAAACUUUCAAUUUUCACUAGUAUUUCAGAAUAUCAGAUGUAAAAUCUAGUGUUGGUACUCGUAUUGAGGCUUCUUUGACUUGGUCCGAGAUAUCAAUUCCAAGAGGUGCUCUAUGAAAAACAAAUGAUUAAUUUUAAUAUAAAGCCAUUUACAGAUAUUAUAAAUAAUUAGGUGCACAAAUCAAUUAGCUGACAUUAUUAAUACAUAUAUGUUGGGGGAUGCCUGGAUGUGUUAGCUGGGAGGCUUCUCUCAUGAGGCUGACAGAUGGGAGCUCACCCUGUCUCGUGAUUCAAACCACCAACCUUCAUGUCAGCAACCCAACCUUCUGGUCAGUACUUCAGCUGGCACAAGGUUUUAAUUGAGAAUGAGAAGUUCGGUUAGCCCUCUUUAACUUUGAAUCACAGUCUGCAAACACAGUCCCAGCAAGGAUCUGGAAUUAUUUCUCUGGGAGUAAAAAAGUCAGAUACGUGGCUAGGAGCCCAGAAAAAGGCACUAACAGACUAACUAUAUAAAUUUUCUUCUUUUAAAAAAUGGCAGUCUCUAUAUAAUUAUACAAGCUUAGAAUUAUAACUAGGCCAUUAGAAGAACAGAUGAAAUGCUACACAAGGAGAGAGAAAAAUAUAAGAGUAAAAGAGAGACCCUCCCCCCAUUUUCCUUUUUUUUUUUUACAUUGUGAUAAACAGCAUGCUAGAAGUAUCCAGCCAUAUGCUAUCAACAGGUUUCAUAUGGAGGGUUGGAGGCUCUUCUAAAAUCCAAGAUUUCAGAUAUAUAUUGGGAGUGAUAGGAAGGGAAGAGGAAAGUAAGGUGAAAUUUCCCUACAUGAGCAGGAAUAUACUUGCAGGACACUACUAUAUGGAGACUGGAGCUAAUAACACUGAAAACAAAUUGAUAAUAGUAGUUAAACAACUUACUUUGGUUCAUAUCUUAUGCCUUCUGUAUUAUGAAAAAUACCCAAUCCUGCAGAAAGCCUUUCAAUACCAUUCCUAGAAAGAGAGGGAAUAGUUGUGUUAAAUAUCUAUAAUGAACCAGUUCAUUUCUUUCUCACAUGACUGUGAGCGCUGUAUAAUUAUAAUGACAUAGCUUGGAGAUCAUUUUUAGCCAAGCUCUGAUUGGUUUUGUUUUUCUCUAAAAUAUCCUUCUUGCAAUCUUAUAAUCAUUCAUCUGGAGACUGUGUGAGGCAUAAUCUAUGUGAAAUAUAUUAUUUGGCCUUAUUCUUAACUAAAAAAGAAUAAUGACUUAAUGACUUAGAUGAAGGGUUAGAAGGCAUGAUUAUCAAGUUUGCAGACAACACCAAACUAGGAGGGAUAGCCAAUUCUCCAGAAGAUAGGAACAGAAUUCAAAACGAUCUUAUGAAAUUCAACAGGCACAAAUGCAAGAUACUCCACUUAGUAUGUGUAAAAAGAAUCUUGAAGUCCUUGUGGACAACAAAUUAAACAUGAGCCAACAAUGUGAUGCAGCAGCUAAAAAAGCCAAUGGGAUUUUGGCCUGCAUAAAUAGGACUAUAGUGUCUAGAUCUAAGGAUGUCAUGCUUCCCAUCUAUUCCGCCUUGGUCAGACCACACCUGGAAUCACACUGUGUCCAAUUCUAGGCACCGCAAUUGAACGGAGAUGUUGACAAGUUGGAAUGUGUCCAAAGGAGGGCAACUACAAUGAUCAAGGGUCUGGAGAACAAGCCCUAUGAGGAGCGGCUGAAAGAGCUGGGUAUAUUUAGCCUGCAGAAGAGAAGGCUGAGAGGGGACAUGAUAGCCAUGUAUAAAUAUGUGAGGGAGAGUCACAGGGAGGAGGGAGCAAGCUUGUUUUCUGCUGCCCUGGAGACUAGGAUUUGGAGCAAUGGCUUCAAACUACAGGAAAGGAGAUUUCACCUGAACAUUAGGAGGAACUUCCUAUCUGUGAGAGCAGUUCGGCACUGGAACUUUCUGCCCCAGAGUGUGGUGGAGGCUCCUUCUUUGGAGGCUUUAAGCAGAAGCUGGAUGGCCAUCUGUUGGGGGUGCUUUGAAUGCGAUUUCCUGCUUCUCGGCAGGGGGUUAGACUGGAUGGCCCAUGAGGUCUCUUUCAACUCUAUGAUUCUAUGAUUCUAAAAAGCUAUAGAGACUUUUCUGUAGCUGAACCAUGUAGGCAAGCCUUCCUCAACUUGGUGUUUGAAUUGUAAACCCUCCCAUUACUCUUACUGGAUGGGGUGAUAGUGGUUGUAAAAUGAAUACAUCUGGAGAGUAUCUGUUUUGGAAAGACUGGCCCAUAGGUUUAUGCAGGAAACUGCAUGCAUUACAGUGCAUCUCAACUGAUAUACACACUGUAUGUAUAUAUGUGUGUGUGUAUAAUAUAUCACAAUCAGGGAAUACAUAUUUUCCUACAAGGAAACAAUGUACUCCUGACUGUGCUAUGAUUUUACAUUUCUGUUUGGUAAAAAGAGGCCCACGGGGUCCCAUUUUGAAAGCACAGAGAGAAAAAUUUAAAAGGCAGAGAGGAGAAAGCUGUGUUCUCAAUCUGUCAAGGCAAUGAAAAGAAAACAAAGAAAUAUAUAAGCAAAGGAACUUUAAAGAACUUCUGACAAGACAUUCUUGUGUCUAGUACAGACACAGUUAGAAAAAACCCAGAAAAGGUAUUUAUUACAAACAUACAUGUGUAAUUUUAUGUUAAUUUCUUGUUAUUUGGAUUUUUUCCUGAUGAAUAUGUACAGUGGGGUUCCUCUAUAAUGAUGUAAUGCUGUUUUUCAUAGCAGAGUUUAAAUAAACAAGGUUAUAAAUUGA